AUGAAUUCUUGUUUAGAUAAUGUAGCAACUGACUUGCAUCCUGAUUUGUUUGAGGUGGCUGUUGAGCCUGUCAUGCUAGGAGACCAUGAUGCUGUAUGCUUCAAUAUAAAGUCCAACUUCUUGAACUUGGGUGUGGAUAAUGCAUGUAAUAGCUUGAAAGCCGUUCAUUGUUCACAGGAUCUGUUGAACCAAAUUUCCGAAGCUGAGCGAAUACGUCUUCUGGAGCUUAUUCAGGUGCUCAAUAAACGUAUUGACGCCCAAAGAAACUCAUUGAAUCAGCAAGAAGAAGAAUUGCGGAACGAGCGUCAAAAAUCAGCCAAGCUUGAAACGAAAGUGGCCAGAUUGGAACUGCUGAGAGUAAACAACAACAGUGCCGAUAAAAUGUACUCAUCAAAACUUUCCAUUGAUGACAACAAUGGAAACUCUCAUAUCAAUGAGAAAAGUCAAGAGAGGAUAGAACUUCUGGAAGAGCAAUGUGCAACUCUGAAGACGAGACUGCGUUGUCUGUCACAGGAGAAAGUGGAAGACGUGCAAUCUCUCACUAAUCUAUUGGAAGAGGCCAAGCUAAAAUUUAUGGAAGCUCUCAAAUCGAGAAGUUCGAGAGAAGUACAAUUUGCUAUACCAUCUUUCUGAUGUGCGAAAUUAAUCUGAAGUCAUUUUUCAUUAUACUGCCAUAAUUUAUGUAUGAUACAUAAAUCAAGAUAAACAUCCAGCUCUAUUUUGAUUUGGUCGUAAUAGCCUAAUUAACGUGUAAUAUUUAGCGUGGAAAUUGUAAAUUACGGUACUGAAUAAAAAUUUAACAUGAAA